GAGGGGAAGCUAACCAUGUCUUUAAAUUCAUCUACACUUUUAAACGAAGAAAACUCUCAAGGACCAAAAAGAAAUACUGAAUGUUUGGACAGUCUAGAAUUGCAGACUCCAUCAUCGUUUCAAGAUAACCCACUUCAACAAUUACAGUUAGCAUCGCAGGAAGUACUUGAAAAGGCAAAAAAGAGCGGGAGAUCAAAAUGCCCCCGAUGCAGUAGUUCAAGGAUGUUUUAUUGUUAUACAUGCUUUGUUCCUGUUGAAACUGUCCCUACCAAAGAAAUUCCGACUGUGAAGUUACCUUUGAAGAUUGACAUUAUUAAACACCCAAAUGAAACAGAUGGCAAAAGCACUGCUGUGCAUGCUAAGCUCCUGGCACCUGAUGAUGUCACAAUUUAUAAAUACCCUUGCAUUCCAGAAUAUGAAGAAAAACGACAUGAAAUAGCACUUAUAUUUCCUGGCCCCAAUUCAAUUUCAGUAAAAGAUAUUGCUUUCCAUCUCCAAAAAUACACUAAGAAAGGUGUUUAUGAUGAUGACGACGACUGUUCCAGAGAGCCAUUUCUUAAGCAAGCAAAAAUAGAACCCAAAGAAGAAAAAAAUCUAAAUGAAUGCAUCUCAAGCAACAGGAGUGAAGACACUAGACUGAAGAAAAUAAUAUUUAUUGACAGUACCUGGAAUCAAACUAACAAAAUAAUAACUGAUGAACGACUUCAAGGGUUGCUGCAAAUUGAGUUGAAGACAAGGAAAACUUGCUUUUGGCGUCAUCAGAAGGGAAAGCCAGAGACAUACCUUUCCACAAUAGAAGCCAUUUAUUAUUUCCUUGUGGACUAUCAUCAGGAGAUUUUGAAAGAGAAGUACAAGGGACAAUAUGAUAAUCUGCUUUUUUUCUUUUCAUUUAUGUACACAUUGAUUAAAAAUGCCAAGUGUUGUGCAGGAAAAGAACCUGAUAUGCUCAUCACAGUGAGAUUAUUUCCUGAGGUGGGGGUAGAAGACGUGACCCCUCUUGCCCUGAGGAGAGAUAUCUCUAACUGUAAAUAGGAAUUAGCAUGCUAGCUUUUUAUUAUUAUUAUUAAUACUUUGUUUCAGGUGUUUUCUUUGUGUUUUACCCAGUAAUACUGAUUUCACUUUCAUGACAUCAAAAACUUACUGAAAUUAUUAGGAUGGUAUUUAAUUUGGGGGGAUGGGGGCACCAAUACAAAAUGAAAGACAACAUGAAGUGAAUAGACUAUAAAUUAUGUACUUUCAAGAUUAAUUCUGGAAAAUUGUCCGAGUAAUAGAAAAGAGCGAUCUCUUUAAACAUCAUUAUACAGUGCAUGAUUUCUAUAGUACCAUUCACAUACUGUUCUAUUAAGAUUAUUCUCAACUUCUGGGAUAAUUUUAGACCUCUUCAAACAAAUUAAUUUAGGUAAGUUUUUAUUAUUAUUAUGUAUCAUUAUUAUUUUUGGGAACACUAACUUAACAAAUGUCACUAUGGCAUAUCACAGACAGUAAAAUUUUGUAGAUGCCACAUACUUAUAUUCUAAGCAGCAGAAAGGGCUCAUUGCACUGUAGGAGUCCUCUGAAAAUGCAGAUCUUUUUGCAGGACCUAAGACAAAGAAAGUAAUUUGCAGAGACAAGAAAUAGGGAAGACGGUGGUUCUGACCACAACAUUUCUGACAAGACUUCCUUAAAUUAGGCAGACUGUGAAUCUGCUGUGUUUUUUAUCUUUGCAGUAAUGGUGCGAAUUUGAACAGCAUAAAUAAGACACUGUCUAUGCUGAUGAAAUUUUUGCUGGUAUGUGUAGCACCACUGGCAGAGUCAUCCCACGUGAAUGUGGUAAUACAAGUGUCUUUGCCAACCUAUACCAUACAGCUAAUGCUGGCAGAGGCAAUAGACCUAAGCUGUAUCUUUACAAGCAGAGUUAUACGAACAUAUUUUUAUCAUACGAGGAUGUUCUGCCAGAAAAAUUCAUGUUGGUAAAAAUUACAGUCUUAAGGUAGAAAAAAAUGUUUCAUUAGGGGUAUGAUAUAAGAUGGAUAAAUAUUUCUGAAUACUUUCAGAAGUAUGUUACUUAAGAAAAAACUAAAUCUUGUUGAAGUGACACAGAUUGAAAAAUAAUAAUAGUUUUUUUUUUUUUUUUAAGAAAAAUUCCAAAGUUUUUGUUGUAUAUUUUCCUCAGCAAAUCUGGCUAAAUUAUAACCUGUAGCAUACUCUCCAGGAGGGCACCCUCACACCCUGGUGAACACAGAAACAGUGCCUCGAAAAAAUACUUCAAGAAAAUCCUUUUAAGCUUACACAGCAAUCCAUACAGGCUCAAACAACUGAUUUGUACUAUGUUUUUUAAUGCUUCAAGAUAUUGAAAUAAAAGUUAAUAUUGCUUAAAACACAAGAUACAAAUACACUCUCUCCACAAGUGAUACUUAUCUUCAGAUUUGUAUGCUUAUCUGCACAAGUGAACGUACAUAAAAAUGCAUUUCAGUUCACAACCAAAACACAUCUCCUCCAUUUGCAAAAAGAAAUGCUAGUUAAGUUACAUGAGUGCACAUGAAGCGUGCAUGAACUAUAACAGCACCACAGGAAACACAGGCUUGAAGUCAGAAUGAGAAAGCUUGGUUUUAAGUAUACAUAUAUAAUGGCACAGCUGUUAAGUAUAUUGUGAGCUCAUGUGCCAGGCAAUGAGAAAAAUCAGCAGUCAUGUCUCAGUGCUAUUGAAACAACACAUUUCUUACUCAUUUGGUUCUUAUUGCUAUUGAGGGGUUAUUUUGGCUUUUUACAAUGAUUAAUGCUAUUUCCUUUGGUAUGAAUUUUGAUAGUCUUUUGACAUUUCCAUCUGUUCUUGUAUUUCUUAAACAAAGAUUGCUGUAAUAUUU